GAAAUGUUUGAAAAACGUGACAACGCACAAGCAGGUGAUAAACGUGAAACUAUACAAGAAAUCGCCAUUAAAUUGGCCGAGGAGCAAUUACGCACUUUACAAUCGGAGAGCGGCCCCAAGGAGCGCACGAUUUUCGUACUGGGCAGUAAAAGUGUCGGCAAAUCCACUGUGCUGCAUAAGUUCUUCGAUCGCGACGACAAUCCACGACCCACACUCGCCUUGGAAUAUUCGUACGGGCGACGCACGAGUGGUACACAAAAACAAGUGCUAAACGUUUGGGAGCUUGGCGCAUUGGACAAUGCCGAGCAACUGAUUUCAGUGCCACUACAAACACACGGGCUGGAACAUUUCUCGGCCAUUAUAAUGUUGGAUCUAUCGCAGCCGAAUCUUGUGUGGCCGGACUUGGAGCGUAUCUAUCGUGCGCUACAUGCCACGAGCAAUAAACUAUUGAAAGCGGAAGAGGAGCAGGCGUAUCGUGAACGUAUGGCGGAACGCAUCAAGCGGGAUCACAAUGAAUUGGAGAGCUUUGAUUUGAUGCCAUUCCCGCUGAUCAUCGUCGGUGGCAAAUAUGAUUUAUUUAAAGAUUUCGAUCACGAACUGAAGCAAAGCAUUUGCCAUUGUUUGCGUGCAAUGGCUCAUCUCAUUGGCGGCAGUGUGCUUUUCUAUUCCAGCAAGAUGCCCAAAUUGGCCAAAACGCUACGUGACACUAUAAGCCAUUUGGGUUUUGGCAGUCCAACGAAUCCGUUUCGUGCACAUGUCACCGACUGCAGUGACGCGCUCUCCAUUUGGUUUGGCACCGAUAGCUGGGAGUCCAUUGGCAAUGCUGAUGUGAUGAGCGUAGAACGAAUCGGUGCACUCUUGGCCGUCGAGAUGCCGCAGUUAAACGAAGUUGGAAAAAAGCGAAAAACAAAAGCACGUCUAAACGAUCCAGCCAAGGAUCCCGGUUUCAGUGAGAGUAUCAUCGAUGAGAUGCGCGCGCAGAAGGAUAAAGAAUUGCAGGCAAUUAUUAAGGAGUCACAGUUGCGGGGACAAUUCGAGACGAUUAUUUGAAUUGGCUAAAGCGCAGAAAUCCACUACAAGCAAGCAACGAGAAGGUGUAGGAGGAACUCGGGGAAGCAGAGAAAAUGUGAAGCAAGGCGAAAGGCUGAAAAUGUAAAUAGCGCCAGUGAAAA